AUCAGCAUAGCCUUCUGUUAACCAUCAAUACCACCCACAGUAUGUUUUUAGAAGAACCCGAAUAACCACUCAUAGAGUGAUGUGUAGUCAUUUCUCAGCCUCUGAGAUUAUCAUCAAAGAAUCUCUUCAUGGCCGUGGUGGUGGAAGCGAGUCAUUUUCAAAAUAAAUUUUAUUCUCCUGUUGCUUGAAUAUAAAGUGAGAACUGUGUUACUGCCUAUCUGAAACACUCUCUGCCUGUCCUCAUGAGCUAUCAGGCUCAGCUAAAUAUGUCCCUGGCCAGUAUGUUCAUAAUCCCCACUGGUUCUGAGACCUUCCUCCACCACCGAUGUGACAUUCUUUGUGUUCAAAUGUCUAGCUGACGUCUGCUGCUUAAAACAGCCCAUGCUUUCACCCCCUCUCUGCAUUGUCACGGCCCUGUAUCACCGCUCUUAAAAGGCCACUCCUCGCUCUGGUUGCUGACCAGCCUGCCCACUUGCCUCCCUGCCUGUUUCUGGCCGCCUUGAAUGCCUGCUUCUUCAAGCUCCUUGUGGCUCUGACAAAGCAGGGACCAUGUCUACCUUUGGCUACAGGAGAGGACUUAGCAAAUAUGAAUCCAUCGAUGAGGAUGAACUUCUCGCUUCCCUGUCAGCUGAGGAGCUGAAGGAGCUAGAGAGGGAGUUGGAAGACAUUGAACCUGAUCACAGCCUUCCCGUGGGGCUAAGGCAAAAGAGUCUGACCGAAAAAACCCCCACGGGGACAUUCAGCAGAGAGGCACUGAUGGCCUAUUGGGAAAAGGAGUCCCAAAAACUCUUGGAGAAGGAGAGGCUGGGGGAGUGUGGAAAGGUUGCUGAAGAAGACAAAGAGGAGAGUGAGGAAGAGCUCAUCUUCACCGAAACGAACAGUGAGGUUUCUGAGGAGGUGUAUUCGGAAGAGGAAGAGGAGGAGGAAGGGGAGGAGGAAGAGGAGGAAGAGGAAGGAACAACUGAAAAUGAGAAAGGUAUUAAUGGAACUGUAAAUUAUGAUGGCAUCGAUUCUGAUAACUCUAAGCCAAAGACAUUUAAAAGUCAAGUAGAAAACAUAAAUUUGUCCAAUGGCCACAGUGGAAGGAACACAGAGUCACCGGCUGCCAUUCACCCUUGCGGAAACCCUACGGUAAUCGAGGAUGCCUUGGAAAAGAUUAGGAACAACGACCCUGACACCACAGAGGUCAACUUGAACAACAUCGAGAACAUCACGUCGCAGACCCUUGCCCGCUUCGCUGAGGCCCUCAAGGGCAACACGGCAGUGAAGACCUUCAGUCUGGCCAACACGCGUGCGGACGACAGCGUGGCCAUGGCCAUUGCGGAAAUGCUCAAAGUCAACAAGCACAUCACCAGCAUCAACGUGGAGUCCAACUUUAUCAUGGGCAAGGGGAUCCUGGCCAUCAUGAGAGCUCUGCAGCACAACACGGUGCUCACGGAGCUGCGCUUCCACAACCAGAGGCACAUCAUGGGCAGCCAGGUGGAGAUGGAGAUCGUCAAGCUGCUCAGGGAGAACACCACGCUGCUGAGGUUGGGCUAUCAUUUUGAGCUCCCAGGACCAAGAAUGAGCAUGACAAGCCUCCUGACGAGAAACAUGGAUAAACAGAGGCAGAAGCGGAUGCAGGAGCAAAAACAGCAAGAGGGCUAUGACGGAGGAGCCAAUCUUAGGACCAAAGUCUGGCAAAGAGGAACACCGGGCUCUUCACCUUAUGCAUCUCCCAGGCAUUCUCCCUGGUCAUCCCCCAAACUCCCCAAGAAAGUCCAAACUGUGAGGAGCCGUCCGCCAUCUCCUGUGGCUCCACCCGCUCCUCCUCCGCCACCACCCCCACCGCUUCCCCCUCAAAGGCUGCCGCCUCCUCCUCCGCCACCACCUCCUCCACUCCCAGAGAAAAAACUAAUCACCCGAAACAUCGCAGAAGUCAUCAAACAACAGGAGAGUGCCCAGCGGGCAUUACAAAAUGGACAGAAAAAGAAAAAAGGGAAAAGGGUGAAGAAACAACCAAACAAUGUCCUAAAGGAAAUUAAAAAUUCCCUGAGGUCAGUGCAAGAAAAGAAAAUGGAAGACAGUUCCCGACCUUCUACCCCACUGAGAUCAGCUCAUGAGAAUCUCAUGGAAGCUAUUCGGGGAAGCAGCAUAAAACAGCUAAGGCGGGUGGAAGUUCCAGAAGCUCUGCGAUAAAAACAUGAUCUUUAGAAGAGGAUGCAGAAUCAUUCAGUGGUAUUAAAUAAGACACAUUGUGAGAUCUUUCUAAGAUACCUUCUUCAAUUUGAAAUGUUUCCUGACUUUAAAAAUAGCCUCACCCAUUAAUUCCAAAAAGAAUUUUAAGAAACAAUCGGCAUGUUUCUUCUGUAAAUAUGAAAAUAAACUACUUUUUUUUUUAUGUUACGAGAUUUGUAUUGGCAAGAAGCAGGUUAUUUAAAGAUGCUCUUUUAUCUCUGGAUGUGUUGAUAACUCUGAGCUGUAAUGAGUUAAUGAAAUGUGCU